AUGCCGGCGGUUGAACUAUUUCCUACGAAAUUCGAGCGAAAUGCGAUGACGGUAGGUAUCAGCAGAUACCAAAAUACGAUAAUCGGAGGGCACAAAAUACGACAAAUAUUAUUAAAACAUCAAGAAAACAGUAAAAAAAAAACUAGAGAAAAGUCAUGUUUUGUGCCUUCAGAUGACCUCAAAAACUGAGCAAGUUUGAACUGAGUCUGCAAACACCGCGCAGUCCGUAAACGCUUUUCUCAUUGUCUAUAGUAAUCCCUGCACGUCUUCAGGAGAGCAACGUUCUUUCCGACGCGUUCGUUCCGCUGUCCAACGACCAAGAUCUGACACCCCGAUCGCCGCAAGUCCUCAGGUCGUCUAGUGCAUUUUCCAAACAUAUUCGGAUGCUGAAACUGCAGUCCGAAGGUUUCAGCAUCUUUUCUUUUUUGUCCGCUUGAUAACAGUCUUCUGAAAAUGAUGUUCAGGUACAAUUAAUGAGGAGACCGAGAGUUGCUCUUCGACGUCAUCCAAAAGCUCAGAGGAUACUGCCUCGUGUGACGCCGUUGUGCUGGACGAAAAGGAAAAUGUACCGGAAGUUACGGUGAGAUUUGGGUAGCAACUAUGCGAAAAAUCCGACAGGUUUCGAGUUCAGGUCGUGCGAGCGCCUAGAAAAUCGGCAGAAGCGGAAGAUGCGAUGAGUUUGAAAAGUGGGACAGUGUCUCCUUCGAGGUAAUGCUGCAAACAAUCGGUUUGCUAUCAAAAUCUUCACAAAAUCUUUACAGUGGACGCGUGCGAACUGGGAGCAUGUCCGAAGACAAGAAGCCGAUCAAAAGCAUCCUCCGUCAGUCGCCCUACAUCUCCAGAGAAGAUGUUUCGCAAUCGAACGAGGUGAGAAACCACACAUUCCUUUUUUUCAUUCCACACGUUUUACAGAGCACAAUCAACCACCAAUUCCGCAAAAACCGGGUGAGAAACAUGAGAGGACAUCGUGGCUGAUGGUCUUUUCAUUAUCAGUUAUUGUUUGUAGGCGUCGUCGCUGCCGAGAAACGAUGAUAAUAAUGACCGCACAGAACCGGGCAAUCACGACGCCAUCGACAACUACUACGCAAAAAACUACUACACUGUAACGGGUGCGAGUGUAAAAAUAGACGAAGAUUGUUGCCGAGAAAGAGUACUGUAGCGUUUAGGAAUCUAUCAGAAGAACAUCAAUUUGGCGAGGCAUGGAGUGGGCGGCGGACAUGCGGAAGAGGAGAACGACGAGGAUGAAGCGGUGCGACGGAACUAUGUGAAGCACGUGAAACGGACGCUCUCGAUGGAGCAGAGCACACGGAGCAUGCCCGUCAUUCCAAUUAACAAUCGUUAGACUUGGACACAUGAACUUUUUACAUUGUAUUCUUUCAUUUUAGGCUUCCACCAGUCAUUCUACUGGUUUGCUCACAAUCACAAAAAGAUCGGAUUCCGCCACAUGUGCAUGCUCCUGCUCGUCCUUUCCUACACCCUCCUCGGAGCAGCCCUCUUCUUUUCCAUCGAAUCUCGUCACGAACAUGAAGUAUUGCCUUUCUCUAAUUUCCAAAAAUCUUUUUUUCUCCCGCAGACGAUGCAACUUCACAAGCGAAAACUGGAGCGAGUAAUUUACGAAAUUGCUCAAACGCUCGAACUGGAGAUAUUGGAUCCGAUGAAACUUACGAAUAUCACUCAAAUGGAGUACUUUAUCACGGUAAACAAGCCACUUCCUGCCAACCAAACCCCGUGAUUUAUUCGUCCCGUUGCCCCUUUUUUUGAUUGAUUACUUCUGCAGAGGGCCUACGUCAAACUGCUGACGGCGGAGGAUUUGUACUCGGGGAGUACAUUCUACAAGCACGAGGAUCCGAAGAAUCUGAAAUGGACGUACGGCUCGGCUUUCUUCUUCUCGAUGAAUGUGUACACGACAACCGGAUACGGUACGAAGUGUAUCGAACAUGUCAAACAAGAAAGAAUUAACUUUCAGGCUCCAUCGCCCCGUCCUCUUCGCUCGGAAAGGCGCUCGUCAUCCUGUACGGACUGAUCUUCGUACCGUUGACCGCCGUCGUCAUCCGUGAUCUCGGUCAAUGGGCCCUCCUCUAUCUCACCAAAAUGUACACGAUUCUCAUCGAUAACUUCCGAAGAGUGCGUGGAUUCGUUGACAAGCUCGACGAGGACGAAAUCAUUUCGCUCCCCAUAAAGUUCAGUGUCACUGUCAUGAUAAGUACGGAAUCCUCCCUUCUUUUCACUUCAUCCGACCGCCUCCGUUUCAGUGUACCUCCUCUCGGCGACUCUGUUCAUUUUUGAGUACGACGAGUUAUCCGGCCCUCCCAACUCGGGAAUAUCGUUCUUCCACGCCUUCUACUUCUCCUUCAUCUCCAUGUCAACCAUCGGAUUGGGAGAUAUUAUGCCCAAUAACGUGACGUUCUCUCCUCUCAUCACUAUUAUGUUUUUCUUUGGAAUGCCCAUCCUCAAAGUGGUCAACAGAGUCACCUACAUCUGCCUGGAGAAUGGCGUUUUCGGCACGAUGACUGUGCUUGAAAACCGUCUGGAUACCAUCUGGAGCAAGGCGUCAGUGCUGCCGACGGGACAGACCGCUGCUGAUCAGACAAUGGACGCCGUCAGCCGGAAACAGUCGAUGAUCAGUGAAGGAUUGAUUCCUGACGAGGUAACAUCCCUGUUCUCUCGAACUCCCUGGCAUUUUACUUUUUUUUUUUUCAGAACGAUGGCACGGUCCCUAACGAAUACCUAAACAACUUCACAAUCCGCUCGAUCGCCACGUUCAUGAAAGCGAACGGAGACGUUUACGGCGGAGCGUUCGGACGCGUCAACAUCAGAAGAGGCGACCUGCGGAACAUUCCGGACAAUCAGGCGACAGUCCGCUCGGCCGGCCGGAGGGACAGCACUCCCAACGUCUAG